GUGAGCAGGAAGAGGCAGAUUUGCUGCUGGGCUUUGGGGGGGGGGGGGAUGCUUAUGUGCGUUGUAUGCCGCCCACCUCGUAUUUAAACACGAUGCUUCUUUCUGGACGAGGGACGUUCGCGGAGAUCCAUCCGAGGAGCUGGACCUUGUGGCUCGUGGAGCCGCGCGGCGACAUGCUUGAUGAUGCCCCUGCAGGAAACGAUGACGGCGUUCGACACCGUCGCUUCUCUGCCGCCGUCUAACAGCAUCUAAAACACACACGCACGCACGUCCAGGAGGCUGUAGUCGAGGUUUUCGGACGUUGGGGAGCAGGUGCUGCAACCACCGGAUCCGGAUCCAGAUCCAGUCAUUUGUGGAGGAAUGUCGUCCACCAUCGAGAGGAAAACGCUGGAAGCCAACGAGGAGCCAGUGGACGAGGUCCUGCAGAUGCCUCCUUCUCUGCUGACAUGCGGCGGCUGCCAUCAGAGCAUUGGCGACCGCUUUUUCCUGAAGGCCAUCGAGCAGUACUGGCACGAGGACUGCCUCAGCUGCGACCUGUGUGGCUGUCGCCUCGGGGAGGUUGGCCGCCGCCUCUACUAUAAGCUGGGAAGGAAAUUGUGUCGCAGAGACUACUUAAGGCUUUUCGGUCAGGACGGCCUCUGCGCAUCCUGCGAGAAGAGGAUCCGAGCGUUCGAGAUGACCAUGCGUGUGCGGGACAAAGUCUAUCACCUGGAAUGCUUCAAGUGCGCCGCUUGCCAGAAGCACUUCUGCGUCGGCGACCGCUACCUGCUCAUCAACUCAGACAUUGUUUGCGAGCAAGACAUCUUCGAGUGGACCAAACUCAACAAUAACAGUAUGGUAUAGAACCACAUGCCGCAUCUUGUGUCUCCUGGACCUUUUUAGGUCUGGUUUCAGAGAGGAACAAUCAGUAAUACACAGUCAAAAGCUUGGAACUGCCUCGGCGCUUCAGGUGCAAACGGUGUUGGGUAAAAGAGGAGGAAGCUGAAAAUCUCGUUUGCUGGAAGCUCAUAAUAUCUGGACUGUGACAGGCAGCUCUUUAUCUCAGGCCUCAGAAAUGCAAAACAAUCAGGAUUAACAUACAAUAACAGGUAUCGGUUAACCUUACUGGACUUGUCAACUAGCGCAAGAUUACAGCAACUUUCUAAUGGUGGAAUAAACUAACCAGCUAAACAUCGUUUUAUUUCUGUCUUUACCAUGUUUGCACAAAAUGCCAUUCAAGUUUCGAUUUUUUUUUUUUUUUUUUUUUUUCCCUCCCUUCUACAUCAUGACAAAAAUAAAGUUCCUAAAUAUUUACAUCCAACACAAGUAUUAUAUUAAAGGAUAUGACGAGAAUUGUUGUAUUUUUUUUU